UGGAGUCAGCCAGCAAUGGGAACAUGUGCUGUGAGAAAGGACCAGGGGAUAUGUGUUAACAUGAGCAAGAGCACUUCACUGCAGAAAGUUCUGGGCCUAGUUCUGCUUCAGCAGAUGCUGUGCAGCAGUGCAGCGACCCACCUGUCUAUUCAGGAGGAGCAGCCUGAGGGCAUCAAAAUUGGAUCAAUUGCCCAAGACUUUCUGCCACCGUAUCAUCUCCUGACGUCUGAUAAGCACACAAGGCUGGACACACAGACAGGAGACCUGUACACCACCGCACACACCAUUGACCGGGAGACACUGUGCCCUCAGCAGCCCACCCCAACGGGGCCAUGUCUGAUCCAGCAGCUCGUCUUGGCCCAUGAUGUGGUCGUUAAGGUCACCGUGGAGGUAGAGGACAUCAAUGACAACUCCCCACACUUCCCAGAGGAUGAAGUUCGCCUCAGCGUGCCGGAGGAUGUAGCCGUGGGGACCAGUUUCCUUCUGGAUGACCAGGCUCAGGAUGAUGACACAGGCAGUAACGGACAGCUGUGGUACCACCUGGAUGAUCCUGACGGGUUCUUCAGCGCAGAAGAAGCGGGUCAGUCGCUGGUGGUGGUGGUGAGACGCACACUGGACCGGGAGGUCCGGGACACCCAUCGCCUGACUGUGGUCACAACCGACCGCGGGGUCCCGUCACAGAGCAGCACGGCCACUUUGGUCGUGGAGGUGACAGACAUCAACGAUAACUGCCCAGCGUUCCGCCUUGACAGCCCUAAAUCCAUCCUCGUCCCAAUGGAUGCACCUAGGGGCACGGCAGUAAUCCGUGUCAGGGCCAUGGACCCCGACCUUGGCCCCAAUAGCAUAAUUACGUAUUCAUUCAGUCCCAAGACCUCCGACAAGUCCAGGGAGCUGUUCUCCCUGGACAGUGACAGUGGGCAGAUUACUCUAGCCGGCACUAUUGACAGUGAUGGCCCCGCUGAGUAUAUUCUGAGAGUCCUGGCCAGUGGCCCAUCCUGCCCCCCUGCUGUGACACAGGUAACUGUAUCUGUGCUUGCGGCAUCCAGCCAGAGGCCGGUGAUGAAGAUCAGGUACAUAGCAGAGCUUCGAGAAGGGGCUAUACUGAUAAAAGAGAACCAGCCCCCCACAGUUCUGGCCCUCCUGGAGCUGGAAGGUGCGUCCCCUGUCAAAGGCGCCCCAUCCAUUGCAGGGGAGGUGCCUUUUUUACUGAGACCACAAACGGGAAACUACCUCCUGCUAACAUCAAAGCCCCUAGACUUUGAACAGAAAAGCAAAUAUCACGUUUCCAUUCAGGUCAGAGACAGCCGGCUCCCUGGGGGAGGCGAGGAGAUGGUGAUCACGGUCCUAGUGCAGGACGUCAAUGACAACGCCCCGCAGUUCCAGCUGCCCCAUUAUCAGGUGGAUGUGGAAGAGAACAAUGCACCCGGGACAACCAUUGCGCACAUCAGAGCGGCCGAUAUUGACAGCAUGCAGAACGGAGAAGUGGCUUACAGGCUGAGCCUUCACACGGCAUCCAUGUUCAGCAUCGACCCUGGAACUGGCCGGGUGUCAGUGUCAGUCGCUCUUGACAGGGAACAACAAGAGUUCCACAAUUUCACUGUGCUGGCCAGGGACAAUGGCUCUCCCGCUCUAGAAUCUACCACCAGUGUGUCCGUCCACGUGCUGGACCAGAAUGACAACGAGCCUGUCUUCACCACCACAAACUUCAUCUUCUUCAUCCCAGAAAACUUCCCUCGCCUGGGCCAGGUUGGAGUGGUGCCUGUCAGGGACCCAGAUGCUGGGGUCAAUGGGCAAGUGGAGGUCCAGGUGGUAAAUGGCAGCGGCCCCUUCAUGAUGGACAACGCCCGGGGGACUCUGCGCUGUGUGGCCGAGGUUGACCGUGAGGUGCAGGACCGCUAUGAGCUGUGGCUCGUGGCCCAAGACGGUGGCCAUCCCCCACACUCCUCCACCGCCCGGGUCACUGUCUUUGUGGAGGACAUCAACGACAACCGGCCCAAAGUGAUCCUCCCCUCCACCAACCUGUCCUGCCUGACUGUGUCCCCCACCAUGCACACCGGGGCUACUGUCACCAAGAUCUACGCCAUCGACAAAGACUCGGGGAUCAACGGUGACAUCAGCUACCGCAUGGUGGCCUCAGAGCCGCACAGCCCGUUCCUGAUCGACGCGCGAUCUGGGAACGUCACUCUCGCACAACGACUGCUGAUACGUGACCACAGGCUGCAUCACCUCUUCAUCGUGGUGAGCGAUGGGGGAGAGCCCACCCCCCUACAGUCUGCUGUGUGGGUCAACCUCCUGGUCAAUGAGACAGAGGGGCCUUGCACUCUGAGCACUGUGCCUAUUCCCGCCCCCGCCCAUUUCACACACCGACCCCCAAAAAAGACCACCUGCGAGGAGGACCAGUCGGGCAUUAAAAACGCCAAAACCACCCUGUUAGUUGGCCUUGGCAUGUUGGUGUGCUCUGCCAUUAUGCUACUGGGAGCUGCCAUAUUGUUCAUAAAGCAAAGAGCACUACGGAGAAGCCACCAGAAACUUGCUUCUAAAGGUAGUGAAAUCCCACUGAGACUGAAGGAGACCUACCACACUGUUGACUGGGCAGAUGUCCAGUGAGAUGGGCCUAAAAAAGGCUCCACAUUUUGUAUACAAAAAAGAAGAGUUGCUUUAUUUUGUGUCACAUGAAGUUAGAACCAAAAGCGCAAUUCAAAUUCAUAAUACUCAUAUAAAUUGAAAAACACAUCUUUGAUUCCAAUUUAUUGUCUACUUGUGUACAUUACAAAUGUAUUUA